AUGAGUAACGUAAAGGUGGCGGUCCGUGUGCGACCUUUCAAUCAGCGGGAGAAGGACAUGGACUCGUUGUGCUGCGUUUCUAUGCGGGGGAACAGCACAACCAUUACAGACUUAGAGGGUGCGGAAAGGGCAGAACCGAGAACGUUUACCUUUGAUUAUUCUUUCUGGUCCCAUGAUGGUUUCGAGGAAGUAGACGGCCACAGUCGACCUCUUCCCGGCUCAAACUACGCUGAUCAGGAGGCCGUCUUCAACCAACUCGGCAUAGAAGUUCUAGAUAACGCAUGGGAGGGCUACCACGCAUGUCUCUUUGCUUACGGGCAGACAGGCGCAGGGAAGAGUUAUUCAAUGAUGGGGUAUGGGAAAAAUAAAGGCAUUAUCCCGACUGCAUGCGAAGAGAUCUUCAAAAGGAUCAACAGCAACACUGAAGCUGGCAAAACGUUCGAGGUGCAAGUUGGGAUGCUAGAAAUCUACAACGAGUGUGUACAAGAUCUUCUCUGCAAGCCGACAGAGAGACCCAAGGGAGGGCUGGAAAUCAGGGAGUCCAGACAGCUUGGCGUUUUUGUAGAAGGCCUUACAAAAACAGCUGUAUCCUCUUUUGAAGAAAUCCAGGCGGUUACAGAGAGAGGAACUGCCAACAGAACAGGCAAGGCUAAAAAGAUAAAAAACAAUGCCGUAAUUAAUGAAGAUCCUACAGAACGACUCAUCAGAGAACUCAAGGAAGAAAAUGCCAAGUUGAAAGCACUGCUUGAAGGCCAGGGUGCCGGCAGAGGCGUCGCAAAUGUGCAGUCCGAAGAAGAAACACUAGCUCUGCGAAGAGCUCAUGAAGAGGAGAUCAGGGCCAUGGAGGCUGCAAUUGCAGAUAUGCAAAGAUCUUGGGAGGAAAAGCUUGCCGAAGCACAUGCCAGAGCCCCUAAACAGGAUCCAGGCCCCGACUGGCACUCUGUUGCUCAUUUGACAGUUUUAAACGAAGACCCUUUGUUGUCUGGUUCUCUGUCUUUUGAGAUACCAUCAUUCCCCGACAAACUGGAAAUGGGAAGGCGAGAUAGCACCACCAAUCCGUCGCUUGCGUUGUCUGGCUCUGGAAUCUGCCCGAGGCACUGCUACCUGCAGCAAACAAACGGCGACAAGGCCGAGGGGCAGAAUGCGGCAGCACGUUUAGUGGUGCUAGAAGGGGGUAAGUGCACGUAUCUCAACGGGAAAAAAGUGGAGGGUGGCGAGAGCGUGGAGCUUAACUCGGGCGACAGAAUUGUCGUUGGACAAACCUACGCCUUCUUAGUGAUGCUACCAGGACAAGGAGGUCUUCAGAGAGAAGAACUUCUAUCAUUUUACUCAUACGAAGCAGUAAUGAGGGAGCUAGCUCUGGAACAGGGUGGACUGCAGAGCGUUACCAAAACAGAGCAGCAGAUCGAGGAAGAGACGAUGCAGAAAACGCAGUUCGUUUGCAAACUGAGGGAGACAGAACAAGCUAUGCAAAAGCAGAAGGAUGAAUACGAGGCAAAGUUGCAAGCCAUGCAGCAGCAGGCGAGUGACGACCAGCUACAGAAGAUACAUGAAGAGUUCCAGAUCGAGCAGUUAAAACUGGAAACAAAAAAGAGGGAAAUUGAAUUUCAAGAGCUGAAACGGAGGCAGUCGGAGGCAGAUAUUUUGAUGCUAAACGAAAAACUCACACGGUUGUUGCCCCUUAUUAGAGAGGCGAACGUGAUUGCCCAGGAACUGGGAAAGCCGUAUGAGUUGAAGCCGAAACUGCAGAUAGAUGUGUCAGCUAGGGGGAAAAGGACUGAAGUAGCAGUUGGAGUGCACUUUAAAGAAAUAGAAGUGUACACGUGGCAUUCGGCGGUUCUCGAAAACAGAAUUUUUCUCAUGCGGGAGCUGUUCGAAAAGUGGAUCGAGGCAAAGGACAAGCACGCAUUCAUUGAGGAUUACAAAGUAAUUGUUUCGCGUGUGAUGGGUCUGCCUCCUGAAAAGUCGCAACGAGUGUGCGUUCGAUAUCGCCCGUAUUUGAGUGACGAAUCCUUUGUGACUCCCAUGGUUGAUGGUCAGGGCCAGUGCGCCGAUAUCAAUUACAGCCGACUGCUUGUACAGCAGCCAGUGACAGAAGAAUUCUUAGACUACUUGCAAAGUGACGUGCUGCGUUUCGAGGUAUGGGGGAGGGAUGAAAAGGCUCUUGAGGCUCUUCGAGCGCGAGAGGGUCUUUGCAAGAGGUACACCUACAAUGGUUAUGACAGACUUGGCAUCGCUGACGCUACGUACAAUGUAUUAGCUACGUUGCCCAGCAUGCAGGCUACAGAUUCAGUUGCGACAGGAGCAGCAAAGGCAGCAGCAGUAGGGGCGAGAAAGGCUAAGGAGCCGCAAAAGGAGGCGUUGGAACAAGCGCUUGGUAGAGAUUCAAUCAGUGGAAAGUACAUGUACAAUGGAUACAGAACCAAGGCAGACGAACAGCAGCAACCGCAAGGUGAGACGACCGUGAAACAGCCAAAGCAAACAGCUACCGAAGCAUCGCCCCAAGAGCCACAGCGAAGAUCGGCAGGAGAGCGUGCAGCAAGGGAGAAAAAGAAAGAUUCCGAGAAACGUAAAGCCGAGAGUAAGAACUCCAAGGAAGCCUCAGGCCGAAAGAGAAACUCGAGUCUAAACAUAAGGCGGUGGUCAAGAGGCAAAACUGCAGUGCAAGGAGGAGCUUCUGAAGACAAAGGCAAGAGCAGUGACUUCCAGAGAACAUCAACUGCAGGUGAGCCUGCCAGCGAUGGAGCAAGGAAGCAGCAAAACGCUACGGAUAACGCUGCCAACCCACCUCCAGCAUGCAGCACCCACAAAGCCCCUACUACGCCGAAAGUCAAGAAGAACAAGCCUGCCAAGGCAGUCGCCUCCCGCGAUGCGCUUGCCGCUCAAGCAGAAACUGACGCGCCUGAGGGUACAGCCCCCACGGCAGGAAACAAGCAAGUAGAUUCCGAGCAGCAGGAGUUGCCACCGAAUACAGAGCUGCAGCUAGAAAGGCAGCAGGAACAAGGCGUCCAUCAAAAGGAACGGCUGGAGCAGACGGAGGAGCAACCAGAAAAGGAAAAGCCCGAACUCCAACAGCAACAGAAAAACCAAGAUCCUAAACAGCAGCAAGAGCUACGGAAUGACAAGGAAACAGAGCAGCAGGAGCAACAGCACGGUGCAUCUGAUGACGAGCAGCAAGAGCAGCGAAAAGCCCAUCUCUUUAGACAUUCUCAAAACGCGUGCUGUAUCAUUCAAUGA